AUUUUGGGCUGCCGUUGAGGUCGAAUACUGAGACAAUGUUAAUCCUCAUCGCCGCAUGCCUGGUUUUCUUAAUAAGCCUUCAAGAGACAUUUCAGUGUCUUGUAAGCGAAAGGUUAGAAUACGCUGGUGAUCUCGUUGUAAAUACAGCCUUAGGCCAUAUCUACUCUUCCAAACCCGACAUCAUCGCCCUUCAGAUGCAGCUCAUCAACUCAUGUAUGAGCCAUGCUCAGCAAAGACUACAGCUCAUGGAUCACAUGCAUCACCAGGAUGAAUAAUACGUCUUUAAUUAUCUUGCGAAGUUCAUUCACUUCUUUCAAAUAGCAUUAAAGUGGUAGGAGAACGCCUGUUUGUACCUCGGUCGACUACGGACGCGGAUAUCAUAUGAGCAAACGAGCGACUUGGUUCAUGAGCUAGAACAUAGCACCAACUAUGAUACCGGGAAGUUUGAUUGAAAAUUUUUAAUUAGUGUGGAUGGUCAGUCAUUCAUCAUCUCCAUGAAAGUCAAUAAAGGCGGCAACCUAGAAAGCCUGAAAUUGCGCCAACAUGUUGCAGUGGCAAUGAUCAAGACAAUAUGUCACACAUCUCUCGAAC